AAAAAAAAAUGGCAGAGGUUGUAUUGUUCCAACUUCCAAUAUCCAUAUUCGGAAGUUUGGAACUUGCAGUCGCGACCCUUCUAGAAAGACGACAAUCAGUCAAUCGGUGGUUCCCGGCUGUCAGAUUGAAAAUGGAUCGGGUGCGACCCGGAGAGCCCGACAGCUUAGAAGCUUCACUGAUGCAAUUGAUCAACGAUCACCAUGAUAAGUCUCUCAAGCUCCGGGCUUUUACGGAGCAAUCGAAGAAAGAUGCGGUUCAGAGCGCGACUCGGGUUUCGGAUCUUCUGGUAGACGCCGUGAACGGCGGUGUCCAAGAGGCUUACGCCAUCGAGAAAAAAAUCGAAAUGGAAAUUCGAGCUUUGGCGGCCUCCAUUAUGCGAUUCGGAAAGCAAACGGAUCAGUGGCUAGCCGCUUCUCACGCUAUCAACACCGCAAUCAAGGAUACUUCUCCGGUCUGUCUCCCAUUAGGUCAGUGCAGCUUCCGCAGCCAAAGAAGGAGAGGAGAUGGAUGGGCAACAUAUAUCCAACGAGGUGGAAUCGUCGGAGCUCUCAUCCUAGACUUCCAAUCCCUUUAAUGUAGCCGGUGAGCUCGUUCUGGCGAGUCACCUGGAAAAGUAUUGCUUCUCCCUUUGCUUCUCCAUGGGAAAUCCUUUGAAAUAUGAAGGGAAUGCAGAGAUUUUGAAUCGUAUUCUUUCCUUUGCAUUUUAGCUUUGAAAUCCAUAGAAAUCUUAGCAAUCCAAGAAAAAGAAUCCAUGGACAUUUUGAGGACAACAUAUUUUGCCUGAUUCCACGAGACUCCACAUUGAGGACAGUGGAUUUCUAUGAACUUCAACAAUCUGAAGGGAAUUUCAACAAUCCUUUAAAAAAUAAUGGAAUCAUAAUCUUUGAGAAUUUAUAUAGCUACGUGUGGUAUCAUGAAAUCAGGAAAAAGUCGCAGCAUAUAAGAGGUCUGAUCUUUUCCCAAGAAAAUACAUGCUUGAAUAUAGCACCAAACUUUGUUAGCAGUUCUCCUAGAAAAUAAAAGGUGAGGAUUGACUCCUACAUGUCACACCAAAAACCUACUAGCGAGAAAAAGAAAGCUAUUUUAUUUUUCUCCUUUGGUGAUAGGGUGGGAUUUGAAUCUUUGAGAUGCUUAUCUAAACACCCUCGUAUAGAUCAAUAUUACCCUCCCAUAAAACUAUCCGGCCUCUGGGACCCUAUGGAUGGGACACAUCCUCUUUUUGAGUAAGUGGUGUCUAUUUUCUCUUCAAUCAGUUUAAUUUGGCCGAAGCAUUUAUCUGUUACCUAUACACAAUUAAAGUUCAAAUAGUGAAGGGUUAGCGUGAAAUAUGUUUGUGGUGCAUCCUUUUUUGAUGGGGUGCAUCCUUUGUUUGUGUAAGUGGAGGCCCCCUAUGGAUGGGGUGCAUCCCUUUUUCCAGUAAUUGGUGUCUAUUUCUCUUCAAUCAGCUUGAUUUGGCUGAAGCAUUUAUCUGUUACCUAUGCAUCAUCAUACACAAUUAAAGUUGAAUUCCUUGAGGUGUUAGCAUGAAAUCUGUUGUUAGGUUGUGUAAGUGGAGACCCCCUAAGGACUUCAUUUUGAGUAAGUGGUGUCUAUUUUCUCUUCAAUCAGUUUGAUUGGGCUGAAGCAUUUAUCUGUUACCUAUACAUCAUCAUACACAAUCAAAGUUCAAAUCAGUGAGGUGUUAGCAUGAAAUCUGUUGUUAGGUUGUGUUUGCGUAUUAAUCGUAUUAUUAGUAUAGAUACUAGAUAGUGUCAUUAUUUUAAAGCUGGACUGAUGGACUCCAUGAAGUUGAACUUUUGAUUUUUGGCAAAAAAACAUUUCAAACCCCUGAUAUAGUGUCACUAAUAAUUACGAUUUGGAUCAUAUUUUCAUAUAGAAAGGGUGCACAAACGCAGUGAGUGGCUUCAUGUGUGUUUGAGAUGUGCAGGAAAUAGGAGACUUUGAGAAUUGGAUGAAGACAAUGGAAUUUGAUUGCAGAAGUAUCACUACUGCAAUCUGCAACAUUCACCAAGCAUAGUAUAUCAAUGAUAAUUUGAUACCAAAAUACUAUGUCUCUUAUUGAUACCUAAUUGGUAUAAAAACAUGAUUUUUUGUUGAUACUAAUAGUUAGUGAGUGUAUGUAUAGUGUGCACAUGAUCUGCUACCGAAUUAGGAUGUUUCUAUUUAGAUUAAAAUUUUCUAAUUUGAUUCGAUUUGUUUAAUUUUGAUCUGAACUGAUUUGAUAGUACGAUUUAUAUGUAUUUUAUUAUUGAUCUAAUCUAUUUAGGUCUGGCAUGAUUUGAAAUGAUAUUCUAUGAGAAA